AUGGCUGAGAACGAGCUGCCUGCUUUGGUCGCUUUUGAUCUGGACUAUACGCUCUGGGACUUGUGGGUGGACACACACGUUUCACCGCCUCUCAGACGACGCGGCAAUGAGCUCAAUAAGAUCUACGAUAGGUCAAACCGACCGCUUUCAUUCUACGACCAUGUUCCUGCGCUGCUCACUCAGCUGAGAGACUCGAAGAUUCAUGUUGCAGCAUGUUCGAGGACAUCUGCGCCUACAGUUGCACGUCAAGCGUUGACGCAGCUGCUGAUGCCUCAUCCUGUCUCGCCUCGUUCCGCUAUCGAGUAUUUUGACACGCUCGAGAUCUAUCCAGGCAGCAAGCUGACACACUUUCGCAAACUGCACGAGAAGACGAAAAUUCCGUAUGCGCAGAUGGUCUUCUUCGACGACGAGAGUCGCAAUUCCGAAGUCGCCAGUUUGGGGGUCACGUUCAUACACACACCCAACGGAGUAGAUCGCGCCGUCUUCGAACGCGGUUUGGCUACCUGGCGGAGCGCACGCAGUAAGACAGGACAAGCUGGCAAUGUUGACCGAGUGACACGCUCGAAAGCCUGA